AUGUCCAAGCAUGAUGGACCGGGUCAAAUUGAGGAGCUUGCUGUGGAGAUAGCUUUCCGGUUCGUGAAUCGAAUGUCUCACCUGGGAACUCCAGACUUGAGUCCCGGAACCACAGCCAUUCAAUCGGAUUCGAAAUGUCAAGGCUCGAAGACCUCUGGGACAUGGAACAGAUUCUGUGCUUCCAACCCCUGUUCCCUCUCUAUGUUACUGGCUGUUUUCAGCAUGAUAUCAGAUCCACCCGACAAGAAACUCAAUUCCGCACUACUGCUAUGUCAUCGGACUUAUCCACCAAAUGAUUCGUGGAAUUUCUAUGGAUUGCCGCCCUCUUUUGGGUAUAGAGGUACUAAGAGUCCUCUCACUACCAACCAGCAGAAAUCAUCUAGUUGGGUCUUGCCGGCAUAAGGGUGAUCGGAGCAACGGGGAACGCCUAGACAACGUUUUUCUUCCAGGGCUACAGUAACUAGAUCGAGAGGUCGUUCCGCCCCUUGUACCCGAAUAUGGGGAAUAUGUUCUCAUAAAAUCUUGCUCCAAUCUGAUCUAGCUGGCGAGCGAUCCCAGUUCACAACAAAGAACAAGACAGCAAGCGAGCGUACUUUUGUUCACUUCCUCUCCACCAAGCACGGAAGUUUAAGGAUAACUGUAGGUCGGUGGCUACCUAAGGAAACUCUGAUUAGAUUCGCCCCCUGGCUGGGAGGCAUCUACCUCAUUCCGAUCACAAGGAGAGGUUCACUAUGA